AUAAUGUAGUUGAGGUAGCAUUUAGGUCAGUUUUGGUAAACCAAAUAAAAAAAAAACACACAAAAUUAUGUUAUCAUGGAAAUGUUUUACGACUGUGUUAUUAAAAUUUCACGCUUUGCUAUUACGAUCGAUAUGGUAAUAUCAAUCAUGAAACUGAUGAACUUACAUUUUUACUAUUUACUGAGGGCAUAGCGGUAACUUUAGUAUGUUUUUAAAAUUUCAUAUUUUGUUAAUUCCUUUGUGUGUUUUUGAGUUGCCUACGCUGUCUGCUAAACACGAGAACAAAAAGCAUGGAUUACCCAUAAAUGAUUGGCAUGUACUCUGCAAACUGCAGCCUAACUCUUAUGUCUGUAGUAAUUCCACCUCGCACAGUUUUUAUUACGACUUGAAAAUGCAAGGCUGCAGAACUUUCAGUGAUGGCAUGUGCGACUUAAAUUUCAAUAGUUUUCCUACUCUUAGAGCGUGUGUUGAUAGGUGCAGAGACGGGUAUCUUAUACUGACUGGGGAAGAACAAAAGAAUCUGUCAAUUGAUGUACAUUGUCGCCUUCAGCCAGAUUUUGGGUCAUGCAACAGUUAUCACCCAUCGUGGUACUUUGACGUAUCUACUCGGUUAUGCAAAAGUUUCGCAUACAGCGGCUGCGGUGGGAAUAAAAACAGAUUCGAGGAUUCUCUCACAUGCAUCCACACGUGCACCGCGGUCGCAUCAUAUGAGAAGAAGGAUUAG